AUUGGCAGUUACCUACAAUUACAGUGUACUGCAUUGUGCCUUUUGCAGUUAUUUGGCUAGUAAUACUUGCAAGUGCAGCCGCUCAAUUGGAUAUAUUCGAUAAGUUGGCACUUUCAAUUGUUGUUGUCGUUGCGGUGAGAGUCAAUGGCAGCAGGCGCUCAACUUACCACAGCGGCUUAGGAAACUCACUCAAAGAAACUAAAGAAACUCACCACAGUCCAUGCUCAGUGCUCGCAGCACAAUCGGCAUUCAGUUUUCGUUGAGCCGCUGUGCGUGGAGCACCUGUUGACGGUGAACAGAAAAAUAAAUUAAACACAUCGUUUUUUUGUUAUUUUUUGGUGAAACUUUUUGUGUGCGCGAAAUGUAAUUGAAAAUAACGUCCAAUAGACAAGACAUCAAAAAAAGUUAUACAAAUUAUAAGAAACGUAAAUCCGUCAAACAAAAACUGCUAAUGCAUUUGGACUAAUGAUUGAUAUUUGAGCGCUUAAUAUGUAAAUCUACUACCAAAAAGAAGCAGAAGAAAGGCAAGAAAAGGAAGAUGCCACGCCAAAGCUCGAACCAGCCUCACAAUAAAAACUGACAAAAAAUACAACAAAAAAUAAAAAUAUACCGAAAUUAACAAUUCUAGACAACAGCUUAGAAUAAAGUGAGGCUUUCUUUUAUUGCCGCAAAACCAAAAAAAAAAAAACAAUUUAUGCAAAAAUGCGACGAAAGCCGCAGAACUUAACACAAACUGAGCAGGCCAGCAGACAUGACAACAACAACGAAGACGAAGCGAGGAAGGAGAACAACAGGCAGCACAGAAUACCAAGACAGCGACACAUGUGGCACUUGUCAGCGAAGCUGCUGUCCAUUUCUCUGCUGCUGCUGUCGCUGCUGUUGCUAUUCCACGUUCGCACAGCGGCUGCCCAGCACGAUGGCAUCUCGCAAAUCUCGCCCAAGUCUAGCAGCCAGAACUCUGAGGCGCGUUUGAGCAUUGAGAGCACCAUGGCCGAUACGAACAGCAUCUCGGAGAGCCUCCACUCAGAAUCUGUGAAUGAAAGUGAAACGCGUGCGCGUGUGGAACGUUCGGCUUCACCUAUACUGCACGAGCCGCAGCAGCAACAGCAUCCCAAUGAUAUCAACUACGGCAAGGAUAACGACAAGGAUGUCUCUGCAGGCCGUUACUUUCACUACAAUAUCAAGCCGACGGGCACGUAUGAUCAGCAGGAGGAGCAGGAGCAGCAGCAGCCAGAGCGCACUCAGCGCGUUCGAGCAGGCAAAACUCUAGGCAGUAGCAGCAGCUCCAUUGGCAGCAGCUCAACCGAGCAGCCUUUUUUAGCGCAAAGGGGGCUGCGACAGCCUACGUCGGGGUCCCCUAUCAGCCCGAGUCCGAGCAGUACUGCCAGCUCGAUAGCCAGUGCGACUCAAACGCCGCAUAAUGCACGCCAAAAUGGCAAUCCGGACAUUCAGGACAUCAUCACGGGCAUUGUGAAGCUGCUGAAUGGCAAUGUCAAUGUGCACGCCAAUACGCAAGGCGUGCGUCGACCCUCGGCGAGCCGCAUUAAUAAUCGUGGACCACCGCGCAUAUCCGAGGUGCAGCCCUUACCCCUGGACUAUGAGGCACAGAAGCCGGGCACGUCCAUGCGACCUCCUCCCUAUCCCUUCGAUCGACCCGAUCGUCCGUUUAUUACUGGCGUGCCGAUUCCGGAACAGAUUGUGCCCGUGCGUCCAGGUUUCGUGAGCAAUCGGCCGCCCUGGUAUCGCAACAAGCCACGCCCUCCAAUCACGACGAGCGUCAAUGGCAGUCGACGUCCCCUGCCGCAGUAUCAGCCAAUGCCCCAGCAGUUGCCCCCACGUCCCGCUGACCCGGAGCCAGUGCAUCAGCAAGAGGAUGUCAAGCAGCAGCCGGAACCAGUUGCUGAUCAUCUAGACGCUGUGCCGCCCACAGACACCACCUACGACUCGGAGUUCUCCAACGAAGAUGCCAAUGCACAGUAUAUUGAAGUCUCUGAUCAGGAUACAGAAGCUGGUGGCGAAAUCGAAGACGAGCUGGUGCCGCCAGCCGAGCCCUCGCCUACAGCGCCAACUAAAGAGCAGGUGAUCAAAAAGAAACACAAGCCAAAGCCCGCCAAGAAGCCACAUGAGGAGCACGACGGCUACACCACCAUCAUUGAGACCAGCUCCGUGGUGAACACUGUGAUGGGCAUGUCGUCGACCUAUGUGCCCAUGUCCAUGGAUAGUGGUGAGGCUGUUAGCCAUGAUCUUGAUCCUUCCACUGAGGAGGUCAUCUUUAUGACAGCCAAUCGUACGCCGGGACUGGAGGCCAGCGCCUCAUCCGCUACGAGCAGCAUUCAGACUAUGCCGCUGAGCGAGCUGGUGGCCUCGGAUGCCAUUGCUCCGUCAUCCAAAACACCUAUGACCACCUCUACAUCCACCACCACCACCACCACCAGUACUAGCUCCACCACCACCUCAACCACCACAACCACCUCGACUACCUCAACCACCUCAACCACCACUGAAAAGGCGCCCAUUGUCAAUGCCCCGACGCCCGCUCCGGCCGCUCCUGCCGCUUCCUAUCAUCCCCGACCAGGCAUUGUUUUGGACGAUCCCGAAUUCAAGCCCGGUGGUCGGCCACGUCCACCCGCUCAGCGGCCAACAGCUCCUCAGCAGCCCAUACAGCCAACGCGUCAGCACCUGCCGCCCGGCUAUGGCGAAAUCUUUGACGUAACGCUAUCGGCUAUCCAAGGUCCGGGUCCCAAGGGCAGCGGCUCCCAGCAGACGAUCAACAUUAAGCCGUAUGGCAGCUAUGGAUCGGCGCCAGCAGCAGCAGGUGGCGCCGGCGCACAGGCGGACAUCAUUGUGUCAGCGUCAGGUGACGAAGGCUUCGUCUCAAUUGAUGGCAAACGCACUUACAUCAAUCUAUUUGGUGAUCCCACAGAUCCGCCCGCAGGCGCCACAACGCCGGCAACGCGUCUGCCCCAGCUGCCGGGCGCAGCAACAAGCAGUGGUGCUACAGGAGGUGGUGGUUCGACAGGUGGUGCAACUAUACCGCAUCAUGGUGUCACGCAAAGCAGCAACGGCUAUGUGGUGCCCGAAACGGAAAUAGUUGAACUGCAGCCACAAGCAGGCACCAGUCCUGGAUAUGGACAUGGCCAGGGACAGGGACAGGGACACGGUCAGGGACAGACUGCCAGUAAGGUGCCAGCAUCAACAACACAUGCGGGCCCCACUCGACCACACUAUCGCCAGCGACCCACGCCGCCGCCCGUGCGCAUUGACACCUGUAUCGUGGGCGACGAUACCACCUGCGACCAGGCGCAACAUGAACGCUGCAAAACGGACAAUGGCGUGUCCAGUUGUCAUUGCAGACCAGGUUACUCACGUCGCAAGCAUCGUGAACCGUGCCGUCGCGUAAUUUCCUUCCAUCUGGGCAUGCGCGUGGAUCGCAUCUAUGAGCAUCGCAUUGUGUGGGACAAUAAACUUCUGGAUCUCAACAGCGAGCCUUAUGGCCAACUGAGCUACGAGUCUGUGCGUGCGCUGGACUCUGCCAUGUCAAUGACACCCUAUUCGGAUGAGUUUAUGGAGGCGAAGGUCAAUAAUAUCUACAGAGGCGAUCCUAAUCUGGGCGGCAGUGGCGUCUAUGUGAAUCUGACAUUAAAACUGGAUGAGAGCGUGGAGACACUGCGUCCCAAUCUGCGCAGCGAUGUGCAGAAGCAUCUGCUGGGUGUGCUGCAUCGACGCAACAACAACAUUGGCAACUCGGUGCUGUAUGUGAGCUCACCGGAGGGCGCUGUCUCGGCGCUGCACGAUGUGGACGAAUGCCAGUCAGCGGAACUGAACGAUUGCCAUGAGAGCGCCACGUGCAGCAACAGCUGGGGCAGCUUCCAGUGUGCCUGUGCGCCGGGUCUACGUGAUCCCUGGGCCGAUCAGCCAUUGCGUGCAGGUCGCGAGUGCCAAGCCUGUCCGGAUGCCUAUUGCAAUAACCAUGGUGUCUGUAGCUACAACGACGAAGGCGCUCAGACGUGCGCCUGCGAUUCGACUCAUUACGGCGGACAGUGCGAGAUCGACGGCGAGGUGCUGGGCGUAGCAAUAGGUGCCUCUGUAGCAGCUGUGAUUAUCAUAGUUCUGACUCUGGUAUGCCUGAUCAUGUGGUCACGUCGCUGGCAGCGGGAGCAAAAGAAUGCAAUGGGCUCGCCAGUGUUUGGCUACAUGAAUACGGCCCCGUUGAAAUCGGCGGGCUUGCCACAAGCGGGCUAUCAAGUGACGCUCGAGGAUCGCAUGCGCUGGGCACAGAUUGCCGAUGUGAUGGCCCAGACGAAUCAUUACGGAGUGAGUGCGGAACCCAUUGGACCCACACGGCCGUCGUCGGCCAUGUUUGCGUAUCCGAAUCUGGGUGCCAUGGGCAUGGGCACCAUCGGUGGAAUGUCGCUGCAGAGCACCAUGCAAAUGCAUCCGAGCGCCAGCUUGGCGCCGCCAGUGCCAUUGCCCAGAAGACUCGGCCUGGGUGCGCGUGCGAAUGGCAUGCGCGCGCUGGAGAAUUCUAGCUCCAGCGAGGAGGAGGAUCGCGCCGAUCUGCUGGGUCGCAAUUUUCAAGUGCCACGCCCAAAGAGUCGCAGCAAUGGCAGCAUAGCGAACCAGUCGGGCAUCUACUACGAUGUGGACUACGAGCCUUCGGGCAAUGGCAUUGGCAACACCAGCGUCGAUCACCUUUAUGGCUCACAGAAUCAGUCUGUGACGCACUCGUCAGGCAACAAUCAUAUACCCGGCCCCCAAGGCAUACCCAUGAGCACCUACACCUCGGGUCGUGCGCCCAGCAGUUACUACAUGAAGUAAAACCCCUCGCCCUCUCCAUCCCUAGCUUAACAAAUACCUGUAAAUAUGCAAUUUAGCUCUAGCUUAGUUUAGGUCCGACUGUCUAAAACACUUUUCCGCUGCAGUCCGCAAAAAAAGCGGAAGAACGAAGUCGGCGACUGCAGCUGAGACGCGUUUUUGUGCAACAAGCAAGACUUAGUUUACAAUAUAUUUAUGUAUACAUCACAUAUAUAUAGAACACAUAGUUACGUAAAGUUAAAUGCAAUGUUAACGAUCACUAAUCAUUAAUUUUAAUCUUAAAUUAAAACUUUAAAUUAUUCUUCUAUCCCUAGUUCUAAAUGCAGUUCAACGAAAGCUUAGCCGAAAGUCAAUUUUUAAACAAC